AUGGCACGUCUGAAUCAAAUUCAGCACGAGCGCGCAAUUGCGAUGAUGCAAUGCAACAGACGCGCAGAAGAUAUAGUCAGAUUGUUUGGUUGUACUAAAGCUACAAUAAAUUCAUUACGUAGACGCUUCCAACAGACUGGCAGUACCUCUGAUAGACCACGCUCAGGUCGCCCACGUGUGACGACGCAGGCUGACGACAAUUUCAUCAAGAUGACGUCACUGAGAAACCGAUUCCAACCAGCCACCGUCACGGCUGCAACACUACCAGGCAGGCAGGUUAGCGCAGAUACCAUACGCAGGAGGCUUCGUAUGUAUGGUAUCCGUCCUAGACGACCAUACCGUGGUCCAGUGUUAACGCAGAGACACCGAAGAGCACGUCUGGCACGGGCCCAACGUCAUCAACGGUGGAGGCGUGUCGACUGGAAUAUGGUGAUAUUCAGCGACGAGACACGUAUCCAGUUGCGUCAGGCUGAUUGGAGAACCAGAGUGUUCAGAAGAAUAGGAGAACGCUUUGCUGACGCUUGCGUUGAAGAGACGGACCGUUUUGGUGGAGGAAGCGGAAUGGUUUGGGGCGGCAUUUGUGGUGGUCAAGAAAACGCCAAUUGUCGUCAUCAACGGCAAUUUGACGGCACAGCGUUACAGGGACGAUGUACUAGCACCGGCGCUGAUUCCUUUUAUCAACCGUAA